AGAAAGUAUCAGUAAAGAUGGUGGCUUCGAAGGACGGAGCUAAGCAUUCUUAACGGUCAAAUGUCUAAAUUAGCUGUGAAUAAGAGGUCUAAAGUUAAUCAACAUGUAAGUGUCGAUUCACGAAGGGUCAGUUCUAUGUAAAUGAAAGACUUGCGAGUAAUCUCAAAGAAAAGAAUUUCGAAAAGCAGUAAAAUAAGACAUUGAGAGAGUAACCUACUCUACCUAUUUGUACAAUUUGUAUUAAGAAAAUAAAACACAUCAUGAGAGGAGGAAGAAGGACGGAUAUUGUCUUCUUCACUAAUCAAAAAGUAAAAGCAGGGAUAAGCUAUUGGUCGAGGGAGCGAUAAAGUCUGUCAUGUUUAUAAAGAUGCAGAUUUGGGAGCAACUUUCCACCUGUAGUUAAAUAAACUUAAUGACAUGAAAGAAUGAAACGAGAUACCGUCAUUACCUGUGUGGAACCAAACCGAAGAGCAAAAACGAUGACAACUAUAUUGGAUGGCAGCUAUCAACAGCUCGAGUCUUACGACGAGGGUGAAGGUGAUGGUGACAAUGAUAACGAACAAGAAGAAACGCCUCAAGAAUCAGCUGUUAUGAUACAUGUAGUACCGGAAGGAAACAAGGCCAGAUGGAAUCAUAUAGAAGAUUUGGAUUCAUUCUUUAUGAGAAUGUAUCAUUAUCAUCAAAAGCAUGGCUUCAAAUGCAUGAUGCUCGAAGAAUUUUUUGAAUUACUAGAAAUCAUUUUCAUAGUCACUCUCUUCACGUUCCUCUUGCAUUGUGUCAAUUAUCCUGUAUUACUUGGAUAUGAAGAUAUCCAGCACAAAUUAACAAUCCCCGAUGUCUUGUUUUCAUCCGAGGAGUGUUUAGCCUCCAUAGGAUGGGCUACAUGGUUUUGCAUUUUAUUUGCAGCUAUUUAUUUAACUCUAAGCAUCCUUAAAGUUCUCUAUCAUCUCAUUAAGUUCUGGGAUAUUAAAUUAUUCUUUAAUGAAGCAUUAAAAAUUGAUGACGCGGAUUUAGAUAAUUUUACAUGGCACGAAGUUCAAAGUAGAGUAAUAGAAGUUCAAAAGGAACAGGAAAUGUGCAUCCAUAAAAGAGAGCUGACGGAAUUAGACAUAUAUCAUAGGAUAUUAAGAUUUAAAAAUUAUGAAGUAGCUAUGAUCAACAAGUCUUUGUUACCUCUCAAAUUUAAAGUCCCUAUAUUUGGUAACAUUACUUUUUUGACUAAAGGAUUAAAAUAUAAUAUUGGACUACUCUUAUUCUGGGGACCAUGGUCGCCUUUUGAAAAUAAUUGGCACUUAAAAGAAGAAUAUAAAAAAUUAAGUAAGAGACAGGAACUAGCGCGAGCAUUAUCGAAACAAAUUUUAUGGGUUGGGAUAGCUAAUUUCUUAUUAUGUCCAUUAAUUCUUUUAUGGCAAAUCCUUCAUUUAAUUUUUAGCUAUGGCGAACUAGUAAAGAACGAACCAAGUACUUUGGGAUUAAGAAUGUGGUCUCCGUAUGGUCGACUGUAUCUUCGUCAUUUCAACGAACUUGAUCACGAAUUAAAUGUCCGAUUAAAUCGUGCUUAUCAUCCUGCUCAAAAAUAUAUGAAUUUAUUCACCUCCCCAACAACUACGGUCGUGGCCAAAUUUUUUGCAACUACAUUUGGCUGUCUGUGUUUCGUUACUUUGUUAUAUGGAUUAAUAUGGAAUACUAUUGUACAUGUUGACCACAUGAUAACAAUAGCAACGUUUUUGAGUUUUGUUGUAAUCGGUGCAAGAAGACUCAUACCCAGUGAAAAUUUGGUAUGGUGUCCAGAUGCAUUGUUGAACGGUGUUUUGGCACAUAUACAUUAUAGUCCGGACAGUUGGCGAGAUACUGCACAUACACAAAAAACAAGAGCACAGGUAGCUGUACUCUUCCAACAUACCAUUGUGCAUUUAUUGGAAGAAUUGAUAUCUCCUUUGGUAACACCAUUUAUUUUGUGCUUCCGCAUAAGACGCAGAGCUUUAGAAAUUGUAGACUUUUUUCGUAAUUUUACUAUCCAAGUAACUGGAGUCGGUGAUGUAUGUAGUUUCGCUCAAAUGGAUAUAAGAAAACAUGGAAAUCCAGCUUGGCAAACUGUUGAUCAGAAUCCUAUAAACAAUCGUAAUACAGGAUACGAUAAUCCAGCAUGUAAUAUUAAUAUAGGAAAGUUCGACGUUAAAGAGCCGGCUGAGGAUGGUAAAACGGAGUUAUCCCUGAUACAUUUUACCCUAACCAAUCCAGAAUGGAAGCCGCCGAGUCACGCAGAAAACUUUGUUACGGCAUUAAGAGAGAGAGCUAAGAAGGAUAUUAAUAAUGUACAAACCGUCGAAAACCCAAUGAUUACAAGUUUAACUAAUGUAUCUGAUUUAGGACCUCAAUACGACGGAAUAGUAUCAAAUCUAUUCCGAAGUAUGACAAACCAACAAAGUGUUCCAAAUAUGAGCAGCGCACUUAACUACCAAUCUGAUGGUAAUUUUGGUGUUUCGAACCCAAAUUACUCAGCAUCUACCAGUCAAAGUAUACCGCGUUACCAAUAUUAUGGCGUCACAAGAGCUGAAGGUCCAUUGUACAGUGAUAAAAGAUUCAUGUAUGGACUGCAACAAAGUAUAUCAAACAAUUCACUUGGUGGAUCCAUUUUUGGAUCUGGAAACGAAGUAGUUAUAAACAAGUCGGUACCGACAGACUUAAUUGCAGCUGAUAUGUCGUUAUCUACAUUGUACCUGCAUGAGCUUCAUCACAAACAAGUAUAUGAUCGAGGGAGUCAUCAAGAAAGAUCUACAAGAAAUGUUUGGCUGCGAAGUCCAGUUCAAGAAUUAGAAACGCUUUCUGAAGUCAGACAAGAAAGAGCUCCUUUACUUUCUCAUCAGGAUUCUUCUAUUAGAAUAAAUAAAGAAUCCUAGCGUAACGGUUGUGCCGAGGUCAUUCAAAUGAAAACUUUCAACUAAUUCACCAUGCUAUUACUGGCUUAGAUGAAUUAUGAGUUUCUUUCUUUCAUUUGUUUUGUCCUUUUUAAUUCUCUAAGAAAGACUUCAUAAAGCUGAAGUUUCUAAUGAUAGAAAAAUAUACUUUAGACGCAUAGAAAGUCACCCGAAAAUUAGUAGCUUUGAUGAUAGUUUGGCUCUCUUUUUUCUUCUUUUUUUUCUAAUUUAUCCUUACAAUUUAAAUUUUAUAUCUAUAUUACAAUUUUUUUUA